AUGAGUCCCCUGGUCUCGUUCGACUUGGUCUCGGAGGAGCUGAGACAGCAGCAUUCACUUCAGUUCUUCGAACCAGGGCGAAUUCAACAUGCGUGCGACCUUGUUUCUCGCUGCCGUGGCCUGCGACAUGGCCAGCUCUCAUCCGCCAAGAAGACUCGGAAUUUCAUCUACGUCGUCCCUGAUGGAUUCGGACCUGCGUCACAAACCCUCACUCGUGAUUACUUGACCAUGGGUAAGGGGGCUGAGGGGACGGGGAAACCCAACUCGACGAGGAUUGGAGUCGACAACAUGAGAUACUCAUCCUCAGCGAAGAUGAUUGGCAGCGUGCGAACCCGGUCGUUUGAUAACCUCAUCACGGAUUCAGCAGCCGCGGCUACCGCCUUUUCAAGCGGCCACAAGACGUACAAUCGAGCGAUCGGAGUCGAUCCCUACGUAAGACCCGUGGCAUCGGUCCUCGAAGCAGCGCACCUGAACGGCUUCAAGACGGGCCUCGUGGCCACGGCGCGCGUCACCGACGCCACGCCGGCGAGCUACUGCGCUCACGUCCCCGACAGGAAGCUCGAGGACGAGAUUGCCAGCCAGCAGAUCGGGUACUCGCACCCCCUGGGACCCGUCGUCGACGUCAUCAUGGGCGGCGGACGUCGCCAUUACCUGCCCAGGAGACUGGGCGGGAAGCGCACCGGCUACGACCUCAUCACGUGGGCCAAGGCCCUGGGCUACAGCUACGCCGCCAACAGGCACGAGCUGGCAGAGUACACGAAUGACCUGGGAAAGGGGAUAUUCCCCGUGCCGUUCCUGGGCCUCUUCGCCGAGAGCCACAUGGCGUACGACAUCGACCGCGACCCGGACAAGGAGCCGUCCCUCCUGGAAAUGACCGAGGCCGCGGUCCGGUCCCUGGCCGCGGCCACGGCCAAGACGGAAAAGGGCUACUUCAUCAUGAUUGAGGCCUCGCAAAUCGACGACGCCGCCCACGCCAACGACAUUGCCGCCCACGUCAACGACGCCGUCAUGUACAACAGGGUCAUGGACUUCCUGCGCAAGUACGUCGCCAAACACCCCAACACGCAGCUCCUCUCGGCGGCCGACCACGAAUGCGGCGGCCUGACCCUCACGAGCGGCUACGACCCUUCUGCGCUGGCCGGGGCGAAACGCUCGACGGCGUUCCUCCAGCGCGCUUUCCACAAUUCCACGGAGCCGGACAGAGCGACUUACCUGCGGAAGAGCAUCCUUCCUCAGUACGGGCUUCGGAACACCUCCGACGCCGCCGUCGACAAGUACAUGGACGUUUACCGCCGCGAGGGUGAGUCCGGCCUCGGAAGGGCCAUGGCGCGCGAUCUCGCCGCACAAGUGGGCGUCAAGUGGUCGACGACUGGCCACUCAGCCGUAGACGUCAACCUGUACGGCCUCGCCGUCGGCAAGGCGUACGCGCGGAUGAAGACGCAGGUGGGCGGGCACGUCGACAAUACCGAACUGCCAAGGUACAUUGCGAAGACGCUCGGCCUGGACCUAGACAAUGCCACGGGGGUCCUGAGGGACAGCUGGGUCAGGUACGAGGGAGGGCCGAACUGUCUGGGUGAAGGCGACGCCGCGGCCUGCAAAAGGCCCUUGUGA